AACGUUGUUUAGAUUAAAAUAAUUAGACGCAACAGACUUGUAUUUCCUUCGUGUGCUAUUUUUCAAUUUCAACGUCAGGGUGAUGGCAUGUUGCCGACGGGCAAAGGUUUUAAUCAGCAGCUUGCGCACUAGUUUCACUUCAACUCCUCUUCUGAGAUCUCCAUUCCGGGAUUCCUCAUCAAUAAUCUUCCCCAACUUUGGGUCUUCUUCGAUUUCAUCUACUAAGUUUUCUGGGUUCUCUUCCUAUUCUUCUAUCUCACAAAGACUGGGAAUAUCUACUAGGUAUCAUUAUAAUCCCUUCUCUAAUGUUUCCAAGAGAUUUUACUUUGUGGAUCGGCACCAGGUUCACCAUUUUAGGCCGCGGGGUCCUCGAAGGUGGAUCCAAAAUCCUAGGAAUGUUUUGAUCGUUGUCUUGGUUGGUUCAGGGGUUUUGAUUACUGUAUACUUUGGUAACCUAGAAACUGUUCCUUACACAAAGCGAAAACAUUUCGUGCUCAUGUCUAAAGACAUGGAGAAAAAGUUGGGGGAGACUCAAUUUGAGCAACUCAAAGCUCAGUUUAAGGGAAAGAUAUUGCCUGCUAUUCACCCUGAAAGCGUUCGAGUGAGACUGAUUGCCAAAGAUAUUAUCGAUUCGUUGCAGAAAGGGUUGAGCCAUGAUCAAAUAUGGAGUGAUUUGGAGUAUGCAUCACCGGAGACUUCACUUAAACAUGACGCAAUGACGACAUUCAGUGGGAGGGAAGAAGAGUUGGGGAUCAAUUGGUCUCAUCAAGAUGAGAUUCUUGAUGAUAAAUGGGUUCAACAAAGUAGGAAGGAAAGUCGAGAUAAAGGGUCGAAGUCGAAACCGACAACGACUCACUUGGAAGGAUUGAAUUGGGAAGUUUUGGUCAUCAAUGAGCCUGUUGUUAAUGCUAUGUGUUUACCCGGUGGGAAGAUUGUGGUCUUUACAGGGUUGCUCAAGCAUUUUCGUACUGAUUCAGAGAUAGCCACCAUACUUGGACAUGAGGUUGCGCAUGCAGUGGCUCGGCAUAUAGCCGAAUCAAUAACCAAGAAUUUGUGGUUUGGCAUUCUACAAUUGAUACUUUAUCAGUUCAUUAUGCCUGAUCUGGUCAACACAAUGUCAACACUUUUCUUUAGGCUCCCCUUCUCUCGGAGGAUGGAACUUGAAGCAGAUUACAUCGGACUGUUGUUGCUUUCAUCUGCUGGCUAUGAUCCUCGAACUGCUCCCAAAGUGUAUGAGAAACUAGGAAAGGUUGCAAAGGAUUCAACACUGCAAGAUUAUCUCUCUACGCAUCCAUCUGGGAAGAAAAGAGCUCAGUUGCUGGCUCAAGCCCAAGUAAUGGAAGAAGCACUCAUGAUUUACCGAGAGGUUAGUGCAGGCCGUGGGGUGGAGGGCUUUCUUUAGGAUUGCACCACACCCCACUCUUUCUGCACCACGAAAGCCACAAUAGUCCAUCAAGGCUAAGAGCUUCAUGGACUUCAACUUAUUUUCCCUGCAUAUUUCUUUUUAAUAAUUUACAAACUUCAUUUCAGAUCAUCACUUUUCUUUCUCCAGCAACUGUAACAAAGUGUCCUUUUAUUAUUUUUUUCCCCAAUCUUUGUAAAUCAAAUUGCAACCAUGAACGUAGCAAAUUUAACGUUUUAUGACCUUUUAUUUGUUAGAUCAA